AUGGCUGCGCCCAUGGAGUGUUUACAUAUACAUCAACGUCAUCUGAUUUCUUUUGAUUAGUUUACAUAUAUUUCUAUAAAAUAAUGUUGUAUUUUGCUCUGCUAAGCCUUAUACCUAUAAUAUUGGGUGAUUUUAACCCAUUUUCUGAUGAUGAUCUCUAUUCCAUUAACUGGGCAGGUCCCAUUGACUUUGAUAAGCUGAAAUUGGAGAAUGAGGAUCUUGACUAUGUGUCUGUACAAACUGCGGCCUAUGAAAAAUACCAGUGUGUCAUCCCUGAAUCCCAGGCUUCCAUUGAUGCUUCAAGAAAAGCAACAUAUAAUGGAGCCACACCAGAUGAGCUAAUCCAAGGCCUAUUUUCUAUGUCGUCAUGCUCAUAUAGGAUUGAAAGUUACUGGACAUAUGAACUAUGUCAUGGCAAACAUGUGAAGCAGUACCAUGAAAACAAGGAACUAGGGCUGCAAAAGCCCAAGCUUCAGGAAUAUUACUUAGGACGAAUGGAUAAGGAGGAAGAUAAGAAAACUACAAAAUCAGAUGGUAAAGAGGAGACACAAGAAACAGAUGUGAAAGUCCCAGAAAAACAGAAAUCAGCAGAACAGAUUAUAAAAAGCAUUAAAUUGGAUGGCCUUGAUUUACCAUAUUACGCUGUUACGAUGGGCGGAGGAUCUAAUUGUGAUGUGACGGGACAGCCGAGAAAGAGUCAUGUGAUGUAUAUCUGUCAGCCAAAUGGUCGAGGCGAGAUUUACCAACUUAAGGAGACAUCUAGUUGUGAAUAUGACAUCAUUGUACUUACCGCGGUACUGUGUCAACAUCCAGCAUUCAAGCCAAAAGACCCUCCUGUAAGCCAAAUUAGCUGUCACUCUGUCGAAGGAUCUCCAACAAGACCCACUCGGCUAACUGAAAUUCAAGUCGAGUCUGAAAUCUCCCUUGAACAGGAAGAAAAUGAAUUCCCCAGCGCUCCCAGCCACACACACAAAGGUGGGACCCAUCCCACCAGUACCCAACCCCAGGGGACAAAGCCCGGGGGAUCCACCCCACAGCAUGUCGACCCCAGGCCAGAAACAAAGAUAGGGGUGCAGGCAGACAAGUCACUUCUCAGGGACUUCCUGGCCGGAGAUUAUUGUAUCCAUGGGGGCACAGGUUGGUGGAGACACGAGUUCUGCUACAAGAAACACGCCAAACAAUAUCAUGAGGACCAGAAUGGUGACACAAUUAUCUAUCUUGGACUCUGGGACAGCGGGAAGCACCUUAAUUGGCUUCAACAGAACCCCGGGAAACGUCCUAAACCCAUCGGCCAGAGAAAGAGUGUAUCAAUGUAUUACACUAAUGGAGAUGUUUGUGAUCUGACUGGAAAACCUCGUUUUGUAGAGGUCAAAUUAAAAUGUUUAAAAGGUUCAAACCAACCUCAUGCAGUCUCUAUAUACUUAGUGGAACCACAACCUUGUGAAUAUGUUCUUGGGGUAGAAUCUCCAUUAUUCUGUGAUAUUUUGGACAAAGCUGACGACAAUGGAUUAUUGGAUCACAUCGAAGUCUGAGGAAAAAAAUAUUUAUUUGUGUGUGUCAAAUUUUUGUCAUUGACUUCCUCUUUGACAUUAUCAUUAUUUUAAACAGUAUGUGUAGCAAUUCUGUGAAGCACCUUUGGCCCGAAGUGAUUUUCACAGACAAAGAAGAAAAGUAUGCAGCCAAUCUUGGGAUCCAUCCCAGGACCGUCUGCUCACAAGUCAAGUUCACUGCCAGCUGAGCUCACCGGCCUGGAUAGCUCACAUAAUCUUUAAACUAUGUAGUGUGACACCUUUUUAUUUGGCAUCUAAGGAAUUAUUAACAUUAGUCUUAUUCAUGUAGUUCAAUUUGAUUCUGAAUGCAUUAGUGUUUCUUUGCAUGAACUGAGGCUUAUGACUCUGGUAGGCGAAGAAGUUGGUGUAUGACACUUAUCAUUCCUUACAAAUGCAAUAAUAUAUAUAUAUAUUUACUGCGUUCAAAUAUUUUAUUAUCCUAUUUUCUUUUUGUUGCUGAUGUGUUGUCUAUCGAAUCUGUGGUUAUGGCAGUGUGGUUAGCAUGCUGGACCCUGGAUGCGAGGGUUCAUGGUUCAAUCCUAACUUGUAGCUUCAUCGAUGAUUCAUACCGGUUAUUACCCGGUAAUGAUAGAUGAUUCUUAUUCACAAGUACAUAAUAUAGCAGAUAUUAAAUGUGUUCAAAUGUUGGCUGCUUUAAAGGCUCAACAGAGUUUAUGUUACUCGUUCAUCAUUGUGACAUUAAAAACCAUCGUUGCUUUACCCUUCUGUACCUUCACCCUGAUUAGACCUCAUAUUAAAGGGACUAUUUUAAGAAGAAGAAGUCUCUAUAGUCAAUUAUCACCACCGUUUUCUUAUAUCAAUAGUAAUUUGGUCCUGAUUGCUUGAGUGAUACACUUUUUCUUAAUGUUUACACAUUGCUGUGUAACACAUUGCUGAAAUGUCUAUGUUUACAACAUCAACCAGAUGAAGUAUAUUUUUCACCUGAUAAUGAACGGACAACUUUGAACGUCUUGUAAUGAUCUGCUUUGGCUAGAGUAAUAGUAUUGUGAAAAAAAACAGCAUUAUCUAGAGGUUCUCUACGAAAUCUACUCAAAUGGUAACCCUGUCUGGCCCUAGGGAUUAUUUCUUUGAUAUAGGUAACAAGGUGAGUGAUAUAGGGCCAUCAUGGCCCUCUUGUUAAAAGAAUAACUGACAAAUAUAAAAAUCUUUGAUAUCUAAUCAGGUAAGCGAUAUAGGGCCAUCAUGGCCUUUGUUAAAAGAUUGACAAAUAUAUAAAUAUAAAUAUGUAUGCAUUAAUUGAUAUGAAGUGUUACAGAAAGUAAAAAAUAAUAGGCCCAAUUAAACUAUUUUGAAAUCUCAGAAAACUCUAAGAUAUUGGAUAUGUGUGAGCCAAACGGUGGUUGCAUUAAUUCCUGGUGAUGGCUCUUUUCUUUAACAUUGUGCUCAAUGAUAUAUGGUGUAUUGUGAUUUGUUUUGUUGAUCUUUUGCAGGGAAAUUAGGAAAAUGGUAAUUGGUUACAACCAAAAUGUAAUACAACUUACAGCAAGCAUAAUAAAAAAUAAAUAAUUGAAAAAUCUUCAAACCAUGUUACAUUUUCCUUUUUUCUCCCUGCAAAAGUUUUGUUAUAUGUGUACAUGUACUGUAUCAGUAUAUUCCUAAUAAAUGGGAUGCAGGUUUACUACAAAUAUGCUUUUAUUAACCUUUUAAUGUUAUGUUAGUGUACGAAUAUGCUUUUAUUAUUUUUUUAAAUGUUAACUCAGAGUGUAUGAAGAUGCUUUUUAAUGUAAAAUUCCAGUUUAAAUGCUUUUUGUUAGUUUGCAUCUCUUUAGAAUUACUCUGAUAAACUUCAAAGAAUAAUUGAUAAUGGUAAAACAUUAGUUUUUCAUUAUUAUUUGCCUUUUUACCAUAUAAACAUUUACUUUACAUUUACGUUAUUUAUUGUUUGAAAUCCAUGUGUAUUUAAAUGUCAAGGUCACUGUAAAUGAUAAGGUCACAGUGAAAAUGUCAAGGUCACAGUGAAAAUCCUCAUGUGAAGCUUAAAACUGUUCAUUUUGUCUGGUAGAAACAUCAAUGACUGUACACAACACAUAGGUUUUUUAUUAAUAUGAUUACAUGUAAUAAAUCAUACACAUAUAACUAUUUUAUUCACAAGUUUAUUUUUAUAAUGAAUAAAGCUUUAUUAAAUUCUGAACUGAAGUAAAAACAUAUUUUCCCACUCUGAUACAUGAGUAAUAUUGUUCUUAUAAACAUAAGGAUACUUAAAGAAUAUGGCUUUUUGUUAACAAGAUAUUCAGUGUAAAAGCUCUGUAUAAAAUAUAAUUAUAUCAUUUGAAGUAUUGAUGCAUAUGUAUGUCAUGAAACAUAUUAUUGAAAAACAAAUAAUAAAUGAUCAAAGAGAAAUUUUAAUU